AUGUCUUUUAAAAAGCCUUGCAACUUGAACACUUCUGCGAACGCAUUAAAAGAUCGCAAGAGAAUCACGGACAAAGAUUUUCCAAUACUAUCAUUCAGUACGGCUGAUUGUCAAGUCACUUUUCGGAAAUGGAUAAAUCUUUUGAACGAAAACGCAGCAUCAAAAAAGUGGAGCAAUGCAGAGAUCAUUGAGUUCAUGGAUGCUCACUGCCAUCGAGACAUUAGACUAAUUUUUCGACAUUAUCGAAAGCAUCAUACAUUCAAUUUGAAAGAAUUUACAGAAUGGUUUUGCAGCAUGUUUGCUAUCAACUACAGUUUGCCUUCUACGUUCAUGAAACUCGUGGCAGAGGAUAUGCCUGAUGAAAAUUGGCAAAGCUUUUGUCAUAAAUGGCACAGGAUAGGAAUUAAGGUGGACAGAGAAAAUGGACCAUUGACGCUUCUUCAAAUUGCACAAGGGUUCUUUAUUGACUCCAUCCAUAAUCGUACGCUUCAAAGAAAGCUUCGGGAACAACUCCCAGUGAAGAUGGUAGUGGAGUUGGUGCAUAUGGCGCAAAAUUUAGCUAAACAAGAAAGCAUCCCUCUUCACGUGUUGGAUCGAGCUGUUAUAAGAGAUCCUCAGCCUUUUAAAGUGCCAUCCAACCAAAAGGAGAGGUCUUCUCGAAAGAGAGUACGUACGAAGGGUCGCAAACAUCGUUACUUUCAAAAAAAGAAAAGUCAAAGUGACAAACAGGAUCGGCAUUCUGGUUGCUUCCACGACAAGAAGAAUCCCAAAUCUCGGGCUAGAACUAGAAACUAUGGCCCUGCGAAACAGAAGAAAAGCAAUAAAACUGGAAGGAAUCGCUUUAACCGAUCGCUUUAG